UCUUUCUGUGUGAUUCAGAAAUGUUCCUCGGCUUUUCAGGAGCUGACGAAUUCCCAGCUUUCCUCAAGUCAACCCAGCAGCGAUUCAGCAGCAGCAGCAGAUACAAUUCUCGAUAGAAUUGCUACGAAGUUCGUAGCAGCGAGGAUAAAUCCCCUGUGCACAGACUUCUCAAGUUCGUUGGAGUGGAGCCUUGUGUGGGUUUUUCCUGGGACUUGGUGUGAUGUUUUCAGGCUUGAGUUGGAAGCGUAGGUGGGCUGUUGACUGUCGAUUGAGAGAAUUUCGAGGCAUUGGUUACUGGGUACCAAACAACCUUCCCUGCAGUUUGCUCUAAUGGAUGAUUGGAGAACGAUGGUGCUGAAUUGCGCAAGGCUAUUGCGAUUCUAGCAAAUUUAGGGUUAUGAUCAUUUAUCUUUUUAUGCUGCUAGGCGAGGACAAGCGUCGAAGUUUAAAGAUGAAUCCCAAUUCGGACCUGCCAGGAAAGGAGGCAUACCGAUCAAGUCAAGUCAAUCUUUCACCGUAUGUAACAGUUGUGGCUUUCGAUCCUCUCAUACCCUUGGCAAGGAUCCCAGUACCUGCUGGGCAAGAGGAGGAUCCUUCCAAGGGACCCUAUGUGCUUGCAUUCCGGAAUGACGAGACGUGGCGCCAGUCAUGGCGAACCUGCAAGGAGAAUGUUGUGACUCAAUGUGAAGCAGGAGCGAAAGUGGGCUGUUCCAUAAGCGCUGCUAAGGCGUGCAGACAACCCUGGUGGAAGGCUUAUCUUCCCUUCUUGGGCUCAGGGAGCGAUGACCCAUCCAAAAGGGAAGAAUGCGAGAGGAGAGAGAUGCGAAGCUGUCUGUUGUCAUCUCACGAACGCUGCUUCACGUACGCUCGCGAAACUUGCGUUCCAGUUUACUCCAACAUGAGAAUCGCAAUUCCGGGUACUCCAAUUGACCGGCGCUUCAACGGCAGGCCUCUCCGGCGACCCAGAGUGACCCGCCACGACAAGCUCCCUACCCAAGCCUCGUCUCCUAGCAAUCCAGAAACUGCUGGUUUGAAAGAAGAGGAGCUCAGAUUAGCCAGAACAACGUUCCUAGGCCGAGAAUUGAUGCAGUAUGAGCGUAGAGACGACUCGUGGGAGAGGAUGGCACAUUGGAGCUUUCAUGGAGCUCCACAUGAAGAUAUGAUAGGGACGAUUCCUAAGGAGGGUUGGGUGGGAGGCCUUGUGCAUCCAGCUCUACGAAGUCCCUCCCCUCACAUCGAGAAGGAGUAUCCAACCUCUAAAGGCCCCAUCUGUAUUGCAUCAGAGUGGCUGCAGAAGCUUCAGAGGUUUGUGAUGGACAAGCUUAGCUCGUGAGUGUUUUAACGACUGUAGAAGCGGUGCAAGGUAUGGUACAUGUACUCCGUCACUCAGAUUUGAUUCAAUAGUAUAUUGCUGUUUGAAGCUCACUACGAGGAUUCUUGCUUGUAGCCCACUGUUUUGCUAUCCUCUGGUUGAACUUUUCAGGGUCAAGGGUUCUGUUUUAUGUGUGAGGAUUGUGGAAUCACCUUCCAAGACAGUGAUCAACGUUUGCAGACGUUGUAAGCUAUUUAAGGUCACGUCUAUCUUUUGGGUUAGAAAAUCGAUCUACAGCUGUGUAACAUGUAUGUAAUUGUACUACAUUUGUUUUUGAAUCCUGAGCUUGGCUCAUUUUUCGUGAUACCUUUUCAGUCGUUUCUUUGCCAAAGAGGACAGCCACGAAGGCGGCUUGUUCGUGUUUAGCCAACAGUUUACAUACUGAGCGGACGUUAUGGAAACGAAAUCUGUUUACGCUGGUUUAGUGAAGCCUAAUCACAUGGAGGUGAACCUCUCAGUUGAAUAGUAGGUCACACCUCAGCCUGAGAGCAUAUUGUACAAUUGCAGAGUUAAUUGAGAAGAAUUGCUUA